AGUUUUUCUCUGCUUUAAGUCUGUAAGCUGCUGUGUCUCUCAGUUGCUUGAGGAACUAAGGCGUGCCAGAUGACAAAGAACAAACCAGCACUUUUAGCAGCAAUAUAAAAUGGUCGAAACCACCAGCAAAACUAGGGAAAGAAGCCUGGAUAUCCCAGAAGCAGUAUCUGAAUGUCGGUGUUCUCGACUCCGAAUUGGCUUCUUCCUGCUUAUCGCCUCGGUCAUGUUAGUCAUCUACUAUGUGAAUUUAACAGAAGUGGGAGACCUUUGGUCUGAUACGAUUCAGAGGAUAUACAACACUACAUACAACAAUUCAAAAAGAGUUGCAAAAACUACCAUCAGUGCAUCUUCACUAGACUGGACAUCUGCCUUCUUUCAAGUAAGUGAGAUAUCUGUCUCAACUUCUGCAUUACCAGGUGAGCAGUGUACACCUGAAACUACAUACCAUGUGGCAUAUCCCUGUGUGUAUCAUUUCAUUAUAAAUGAAUCAAAAAGGUGUGAGAAUGAAAAGCCCUUCUUGGUCUUGAUGGUACCUGUGGCACCAUACAACAGGGAAGCUCGCGAUGCCGUAAGAAACACCUGGGGUUCUGAGAAGAUGGUUAUGGACAAAAUAGUGAGGGUUUUCUUCAUACUUGGUCAGCCUGGACCUGAAGGGAGAGAGGAGCUACAGCAGAAGAUCUUGCAUGAGAGCAAGGAAUACCAUGACAUCAUUCAGAGCGAUUUUCUAGACAGCUAUAAAAAUCUGACCAUCAAAACCAUGGUGAUUAUGAACUGGUUGACAACCUACUGUCAAAACGCCUCUUACGCCAUGAAGAUUGACUCAGACAUGUUCCUAAAUGUGAAUGUUUUAAUGAAUAUGCUUCUAAAUGCACCCAGGGAGAACUACAUGACAGGACUUGUUGCUAGGGGGGCUAUUGUUUUGAGAAACCCCCAAUCCAAAUGGUUUCUGCCAAAAGAUGUGUUUCCUGAAGACUUUUAUCCUCCAUACGCUCUGGGCUUGGGCUACGUGCUCUCCAUGGACAUUCCAGAAAAGCUCCUUGAAGGCUCCAAGCACGUCAAACCUGUUUAUAUCGAAGACGUAUAUUUAGGAUUAUGUAUGAGGUAUAUGGGAAUACACUACACCAGUCAGGCUGAUCAGAGCCUCUUCAAUGUCUUCCCAGUUCCUUACAACCGCUGUCGUUACUCAAAACUCAUUGCUACAACAACACAUAGCUUACAGGAACAAGUUAACUCUUGGAUAGACUUAAAGAAACCAGGACCAACUUGUUAACCUUGGAUUAUUAUAUAUAAGAAUUUAGAAGGAAUUGAGACGGAUUAUAAGAAGAUGAAGGUGUAUUGAAUAUUCGGUGCAAUCUAGGGGUUUGUGCAAGAAAGAAAGUAAGUGAAACACAAAAAUUAGAAUAGCAGUGAUACCUGAGGACACUUGAGUACAUUGGAUAAGUUAUAUUAAUAUAUGUUUUAAAUGUGAACAUUUUUAAAUAUACAGGCUGGUGACAAAUUAAGAAUGCAGUGAUUUAGUAUAUAAAGGUUUAUAGCUAAGUCUGUAGAACUGUACUGGUGAAAGGAAUGCUACCUUCCCAAAAAAUAUAUGAUCAGUGUAUGUUUCGAUGUUUUUACUGGAGAGCACUUCUCCACAAUCUGUUACUCCAUAAUUUUACUAUAGGUGUUUGAUUUAUUUUGGUUUGGUGAGGGUGAAGCCCAGUGUAUAUGAUUCAUCCUGGAAGAGAACUUUGCCAUCAGGAUAGAGCUGUUUUAUCAUAGGAUAAAGGUGAACAGACAUAAAAACUUUGUGUUCUCCGUAUAUCUUAACAAUUUAAAAUAUCUUGAAUGUAGUCAAAAUGAUCUUAUUACUUACUAUAAGAUUACAAUAAACCAAUUCUAAGAUUACUAAACCUUUUUUCUAUUUUUCAAGUAUUGCUUGUUUAUAGAAAUUAUUACUUAAAAUUAACAAAAUAAUAAUAAUAAUAAUAAUAAUAAUAAUAAUAAUAAUAAUAAUAAUAGAACAAUUUAGAGAAAAAGUCAUUUAAAAUAGUCGAAUAUAUCUAGAUGUAAGUGUAACACUCUUAGAUUUAUUGUAAUCUUAGUAGAAGGAAACAUAUAUAUAUUUUUACUAGAUUUAAGAUAUUUUAAUUUGCACUGUUGAUCUACAGUAACACAAAGGGGAUUAGUCAGCUCAACCCUCACUAGGAAAAUAAGUAAAAUCCCUUCACAGCAAACAGGGCUGGUGUUUUGUUUUGAGUUUUUUCUUUCAUUUGUCACCUGUCUGUAAAUAGUUGUGUUGUUGUUAAUAUUAUUAUUAUUAUUAUUAUUAUUAUUAUUAUUAUUAUUAUUAUUAUUAAUAAUACUUUUUUUUGUUGUUAACAAAAUCCCAAUCACUGUGAGCAGUGUAAAAUGGUAGCAAAUGGAUUUUGCAUAUGAAAAUUGCACUAUACAUAUUUGCAUUUUGUAAAAAUUAACUCGCUACACUGAAAACACAAAAAACUUGGACCUCAGUGAAAUGUUAAACAUAGUGCAAUUCCAUAGUUAAGCAUAGUUGGGGUCAGAGCACAGGGUCAGCCAUGAUACAGCACCCCUGGAGUCAUAUGGAAUGUUUGAAUUAAACUGAGCAGCACCGAACUGAGCACGUAUAAGUAUUUCACGGUGAGGCAACAGACAUUUAUCUACUAUUUGCAUUUUAAUUAGCAAUUCUGUGGAAUUAAGGGAAGGAGAUAUAUGGGUCUGAGAGAGCACUAAGAGUAUAUGUAUAAUAUAUAUAUAACUAUUGUGAUUAACACCAAAGAUGCAAUAUUUAAUUUUUUUACCUCAUGCAUUUGAAAUGAAACGUGUAAGAAAAUGAACAUGAACAUGUAAAGUUUUCUUAUGUUUUAUUUUGCAUCACCACCCGCACAUGCAAAAAAAAAACAAUCCUUCACUCUGACAAACACAAAUACAUGAAAAUCCGAGGCUAUGGAAUAAGCUCUGCAUUUUUUUAAUUUAAACUUGACUGGUGACCUAAAACACUGCAAAUAAUGCAUUUUGUGGUGUAAUUUGUCGACAUCUGAUGGGACUUUAUCUAUAUUAGAUAAACCAUGUAUGAAUAACAGAAAAUCAGGGAAAUAAUUGUAAAUAAAAUAGAGUUUUUUUAAGAGAUGUAAAACUGUGCUAUGUGUCAUUAAAAUCUCUU